GGCGCGCUCGCGCACGCGCAGCCGGGACUGGGGCGUGGCCGGCACUGCGGUGAAAGCCGAGGCAGCGGGCUGCGAGUGGGGGGCGGGCGGACAUCUUGGGAUCAGGAGAGCGGCCGGGCCGGCCGGGCCGGGGGCCGCAGACACCAGGUCCGUUCUCAGAGCGAUGGGCUGCGGAGACUGAGCUGCCGCCAUGAUUGGAGGCUUAUUCAUCUACAAUCACAAGGGGGAGGUGCUCAUCUCCCGAGUCUACCGGGAUGACAUCGGGAGGAACGCUGUGGAUGCCUUCCGGGUCAAUGUCAUCCACGCCCGGCAGCAGGUGCGCAGCCCUGUCACCAACAUCGCUCGCACUAGUUUCUUUCAUGUCAAGCGGUCCAACAUCUGGCUGGCUGCUGUCACCAAGCAGAAUGUCAACGCCGCGAUGGUCUUUGAGUUCCUCUACAAGAUGUGUGACGUGAUGGCUGCUUACUUCGGCAAGAUCAGCGAGGAGAACAUCAAGAACAACUUUGUCCUCAUCUACGAACUGCUGGACGAGAUUCUGGAUUUUGGUUACCCACAGAACUCGGAGACGGGCGCCCUGAAAACUUUCAUCACCCAGCAGGGCAUCAAGAGCCAGACGAAGGAAGAGCAGUCCCAGAUCACCAGCCAGGUGACUGGGCAGAUCGGCUGGCGGCGGGAAGGCAUCAAGUAUCGGCGGAAUGAGCUCUUUCUGGAUGUGCUGGAGAGCGUGAACCUCCUCAUGUCUCCACAGGGGCAGGUGCUGAGCGCCCACGUGUCUGGCCGUGUGGUGAUGAAGAGCUACCUGAGCGGCAUGCCUGAGUGCAAGUUUGGGAUGAAUGACAAGAUCGUCAUCGAGAAGCAGGGCAAAGGCACCGCCGACGAAACAAGCAAGAGUGGGAAGCAGUCUAUCGCCAUCGACGACUGCACCUUCCACCAGUGCGUGCGGCUCAGCAAGUUCGACUCGGAGCGCAGCAUCAGCUUCAUCCCACCAGAUGGCGAGUUUGAGCUCAUGAGGUACCGCACCACCAAGGACAUCAUCCUGCCUUUCCGCGUGAUCCCGCUGGUGCGUGAGGUGGGCCGGACCAAGCUGGAGGUCAAGGUGGUCAUCAAGUCCAACUUUAAGCCCUCACUGCUGGCUCAGAAGAUCGAGGUGAGGAUCCCCACCCCACUCAACACUAGCGGGGUACAGGUGAUCUGCAUGAAGGGGAAGGCCAAGUACAAGGCCAGUGAGAACGCCAUCGUGUGGAAGAUCAAGCGCAUGGCUGGCAUGAAGGAAUCACAGAUCAGCGCGGAGAUUGAGCUGCUGCCCACCAACGACAAGAAGAAAUGGGCUCGGCCCCCCAUUUCCAUGAACUUUGAGGUGCCAUUCGCGCCCUCUGGCCUCAAGGUGCGCUACUUGAAGGUGUUUGAGCCGAAGCUGAACUACAGCGACCAUGACGUCAUCAAAUGGGUCCGCUACAUCGGCCGCAGCGGCAUUUACGAGACCCGCUGCUAGCCGCCCAGUGGGCAGCCAGCCUCCCUCUGCCCGCCCUCCUCCACAGGCCCAGGUGCCCCUGGCUACCGCCGCACACCAGUCUCAUCUCCCUCCUGCUUUGCUCCUCCCUUCUGCACCAGCCCCCGAGUUUAGGCCUGGACCAACCACACUGCGAGCGGGACUAGUGGCGCCAUCCCCAGGCCCCCUCUGGGAAGGGUGGUUUCUGGGGCUCCCACUCCUCCAUUGUCUGUCUGACCUGGCUCCCACCAGGCUCUUGAGUUCUGUGACCAAAAAGAUGGGCCCCCUCCACUCCCCUCCCCUCUAGCCACAUCUCUCAGGAGUGGGAGGGUCAGCUGCCCUUCACCUCAGAGCUCCCCCCAAAGGCCAGUAACAGAUCCCCCAGCCCUCGGUCCCUACUCUGCUUUGGGAUAGUGUGAGCUUCAUUUUGUACACGUGUGACUUUGUCCAGUUAUGAACCCAAUAAACUCUGUAGACUGGA